AUGGGGAAGGGAAUGGGGAAGGGAAAGGUGAAGAGAAGAGGAGGGGAAUGGGGAAGGGGAAAGGGAUGGGAAUGGGAAAGGGGGAGGGAAAGUGGAAGAGAAGGGGAGGGGAAUGGGGAAGGGGAAAGGGAUGGGAAUGGGAAAGGGAAUGGGGAAGGGGGAGGGAAAGGGGAAGAGAAGGGGAGGGGAAUGGGGAAGGGAAUAGGGAAGGGAAAGGUGAAGAGAAGAGGAGGGGAAUGGGGAAGGGGAAAGGGAUGGGAAUGGGAAAGGGGGAGGGAAAGGGGAAGAGAAGGGGAGGGGAAUGGGGAAGGGAAUGGGGAAGGGAAAGGUGAAGAGAAGAGGAGGGGAAUGGGGAAGGGGAAAGGGAUGGGAAUGGGAAAGGGGGAGGGAAAGGGGAAGAGAAGGGGAGGGGAAAGGGGAAGGGAAUGGGGAAGGGAAAGGUGA